UAACAAUCCUGCCACUUCCCAGGCCUCUCCUCUAGACAGCCCCUCCCCAACUUCAUUCACUCUCACUGCCCCUUGCCCUUCCGAGCAAUAUCAAUCUGACAAGGUCUGAAAAGGCGAGAGGCUCAAGAACGGCUUCUUAGCUAUAUAACCCCGCCUCGACUUUUGCAUACCUUUUCAGCCUCCUAGCUAAAGCAGUGUACUGCGGUGGGGAUCUUCUUCCAAUUCUUUUCAUUCAACACACAGUCUUUUAAGGAUGUCCCCGGUACUCGACAGAGAUAUGACAGAGGUCAUGUCAACUCCCAAGGAGGCGCGUUCGAUGGUGAGGGAGCUAAUGGAUACAAACCUUCCCUCCGCCACGACAACGCCAGCUAUAGCUCCAUUUCAAUAUUUAUCAUCCCUACCCACCAAGGGCGUUCGACAUACAAUCAUCGAAGCGCUGAGAACGUGGAUCGACAUCCCGGAUGACUUCCUCCCCGAUCUGCUGUCCAUUGUGGGCGAUAUACACAACAUCUCAUUGAUGCUCGAUGAUGUUGAAGACGGAUCGCCAUUGCGACGGUCCAAGCCCGCCGCGCACUCCGUGUUUGGCGUCGGACAGACGGUCAACUCGGCUACAUUUCAGCUGGUGGAGGUGAUCGGUCGCGUCGCGCAGGUGGCUGGACCACUUGCCCAGACUAUCGUAUUGGAGGAAUUGAAGAAUAUGCUCGUCGCGCAGAGCCUGGAUCUGCAUUGGGUCCAACACGCGACACCACCGAGUUCGCAGGAGUAUCUACAGAUGAUUGACGGUAAAACGGGCGCCCUCUUCCGCCUCAUCGCCCGCCUAAUGAUCGCUCAACAAUCCCCAUCCAGCACCACCAACCCUCCCUCUCUCGACCGCCUGAUGAUCCUAUUCGGACGAUUCUUCCAGAUCCGCGAUGACUAUGCGAACCUUGCAAUGGACCAGUACCAAGACAGCAAAGGCUUCUGUGAGGACCUCGACGAAGGCAAAUGGAGCUUCAUCCUCCUGCACGCGCUGGCGCACGCCACGCCGCCCACGCGGAUGGUGCUGAUGAACGUGCUGAUGCAGCGCCACGCGACGGGCUGCGCCGGCCGCGGCCACAAGGAGCUCGUCCUCGACAUCUUCCGGCACGAGACGCGCUCGCUCGCCUUCACGACCGAGGCCCUCUGGGUGCUGGGUCAGCAGAUCGAGCUCGAGAUCCAGGCCCUCGAGCGCGCCACCCUCACCGCCAACCCCGUGCUCCGGGAGAUGGUGCGCAGCUUGCAGGUGGGGUUGACGCCUUCCGAUGGGUAUGGCUUUGAGGAAGUGAGGGGCGGCGGCGGCGGCGCGGUUGGGCGCGGGGCGAGGAUAUCUGAGGGGGUGUUGGGGUUGUUGUGUUAGGGGGUGGAUGCGAAUGGGCUUUGGGUGGAAGCUGAAGCUGAAACUUUUCUAGAAAUCUUGGUCGGGAUUCGGGGGCUUGUGGAUGAGGGCGGUGUUUAGGGCCCGCUCAUGUCUUUCAGUUCUGUAUCUGAGACAUGAACAUGUACGGCUUUUGGGAAGAUGGUUUGAUGUUAUUUGGAGCAACCUCGCAAUUGCGUGUUAACUUCCAUCCUCAGCUUACGAUGUAGCAUGGUCAACUCUUAUUGGUUCGAG